AUGGUAACACGGCUAGCCGCUCCCCUCUCAGCCAACCUAUACGGAGUACCGAUGAGUUUCCAUCCGCCCCAACCACGUUCUAAUACGGAAGACUUUAGGGCAGCAAGAGCGCUUACCAAAUAUUUUCCGGAAACUGUUAUCCAAAAGCUUGCAAAGGAUUGCGACGCCAUCAACUUGCUCCGCGAAUGCUGCUACGCUAAAAACGUAGACUUCCACCAUGUUAUCAGCUCAACGGACUCAGACCCCAAUGGACGUCCGCAUUCUCCACGAUCGCGCAGCGGGACUAAUGAAUCAUACGAUUCCCAGCCAUCGCAGCCUCAUCAACAAAGCAUACGGCCCAACUCCACUACUACUCCGUCGACAAAGGGGUCAUCACCGUCAAGGUUGCCCAAUCCCUCAGUUUCAUCAAGCUCCCGUCUAUCGGACGCCUUAGCCUACGUCAGGAUAACUGUGCUGAGUGCUACUACGCAGCGCGAAGAUGUCCCACUGAAUGGGAAAUACUGUUCGCCAUCUUUUUUCCUUGUCAGAUCGGAUGUCGUGCACGAUCGUCUAGGAAAGGCACCCAAGUGCCUGCCGGACCCUAUCCAGUGUAGCUACCAUGGCAAGCAAUUUUCGAGCAGCGAAACGGUCUUGAUUACGUGGAUGGAAAAGGGAGAAGAACAGACACAUCAGAAUACGUUCUUAGUCGUUCCCACUGAUUCUCUAGGCGUGGACAUUGUGAUAGGCGAUAAACACCCCCGCUUCCCUGCCCAACCAGACCCAAGCCGUAAUUACGGUAAUAACGGUGGCCCUGACUCGCCUCACGGACAACCGCACCGUUUUCGACCGCUCUCGUCUACGGGUGUCGCUCAAAGUACCUUGACCUUCAAGCCUACAUUACCUAGGUAUCCAGCUGCUCAGAGUCCUUCGGGACACCGAGCUACAGGUGCGGUGGGAGGACAGCGCACGCCCCCAAGGUCGGAUCGCUCAAGUCUCUUGGACACCCAGCAACGUCGGUCGAGUGCAGGUGGCCCCCAAAAUUCUCGACUUCCUCGAGCAGCAGGAGCAGCAGGUUCGUCCGGCAGUAGCGCAGCUGGAUCCGCAGUCGCCGAUCGAUCUAAUGCAUCCGGAAUCUCUCCGAGCGCCCGUCAGCAUUUUCCCGCAUCUGGACAAUUUUACGUGAUUCUCGUAUUCGGGAAUGCUGAACAAUUAGUUCAACUGGAUAUGAAUGGAACAGGAGAGAUAUUCUUCAAUACACUACAAGGACUCGUCCGGAAUCUACGACGGGAUGCAGCGCUAGACUUGGAUCGGAACGUGGACCGGGUCGUUUUCGCUACUUGCCGAGACCUUAGUGAUGAUGAUGUGUGCUGUCAUACAGAUUUGGCGGAGGAGCGGAUCGCAGUGACAUGGAGGCAUACUGUGAGAUGGAUUAGAGGAAUCCAAGAGACUCGGAGCCCAGAGGAUAUCUACGCCAUAAUCGAACGAAACGGUGGUUGA